CUCAAGCUGGUUGCGAGGGCAGCACCAUAUCGCCGACAGCGGCGCCCUAAGCGCGGUAUGCACCGUGAUAGAGUACAGUACAUAGCUACUCGGUCUGUCGUAUUAUUGUACCGUUGAUCUGGAUUCGAUAUGUAACCCCGACGACAGGGAAUCGGAGGCAACGCUUAUCGCAUCCGGUAAGAUAAAUUACCCCCAGGGGUGGGGUCGACUGUGAAUCAUUGUAAUUUAAACAAAACAGUCGCACAAGUUAUGUGUUAAUCCAAGCAAGUGGAGCGAUUUGAACGACGUGAUCAUGGCUCGACCGAUCGUGCCAAGCCAGCAGAAGCUGGCUGAGAAGCUGACCAUUUUGAAUGACAGAGGCAUUGGUAUGCUCACACGUAUUUACAAUAUUAAGAAGGCCUGUGGCGAUGCCAAAUCCAAGCCUGCUUUCCUCUCUGACAAGGCACUGGAGUCUUCCAUCAAGGCUAUUGUCAGGAAGUUUCCUAACAUUGAUAUCAAGGGACUGCAGACCAUUACGAACAUUCGUAACGAAAUCAUCAAGUCCUUAUCGUUAUACUACUAUACAUUUGUUGAUCUUCUGGAUUUUAAGGAUAAUGUGUGCGAACUGCUGACCACUAUGGAUGCUUGUGGCGUUCACAUGGAUAUUACAAUCAAUUUUGACUUGACUAAAGGAUACCUAGACCUUGUAGUCACAUAUGUCAGUUUGAUGGUCCUACUGUCACGAGUUGAGGAUCGCAAAGCAGUGCUAGGGCUCUUCAAUGCAGCCCAUGAGAUGGUGCACAGUCAGUCAGAUCCUAGUUUUCCUCGUUUAGGUCAAAUGAUUAUGGAUUAUGAUGCUCCACUGAAGAAGCUGUCGGAAGAGUUUGUGCCACACUCCAAGUUGCUGAAAAAUGCUCUUAUUUCCUUGUGGCCGAUAUAUCCUGGCAGAAACUUGACUGCUGACACAUGGAGAGCUGAUCAGAAAUUGAGCCUUGUAGGUAGCCCUGGCCAGAUUCUCAAGGCAGCAGCAACGGAGACCAUGUCCUGCGAAACGCUGAGCUUGGACAGAAUUGAGAGAUGGGUAAUUCUUGGAUUUACACUCUGUCACACGUUCUUGAGUCAAGAACAGCCAAACAAACUGUGGAUCACUGCUUUGGAAUCUGGUUGGGUGUUGGCGUUGUUCAGAGACGAGGUAAUUUACAUACAUCAGUACAUUCAGACAUUCUUUGAAAGCAUGAAAGGGUACAGUAAACGAGUGUCAGAGGUAAAAGAAUGUUACAAUCAAGCAGUACAAAAGGCUGGCUACAGGCACAGAGAACGAAGGAAAUUCUUGAGGACUGCUCUGAAAGAAUUAGGCUUAAUUUUAACCGACCAGCCUGGCCUCCUGGGACCGAAAGCACUGCUGGUCUUAAUGGGUCUCUCUCACGCGCGAGACGAGGUGCUGUGGCUACUAAGACACGGGGACAAUCCUCCGAUUCAAGGCAAAGCCAAAGGACGAGGUAGUGAGGAUUUGGUGGACCGCCAGUUGCCGGAAUUGCUCUUCCAUUGCGAAGAACUAAGAGCUUUAGUGAAAAAGUAUUCUCAGGUGCUUCAAAGGUAUUACGUCCAGUUCCUCGCGGGAUUCGACGCCCCUGCUCUACAUCAGAUGAUACAGAAUCUUCCGGUCUGUCCCGAGGACGAGGGAGCUAUUCUUAGUGAUAUGUGUUCAACUAUAGCUAGUCUGACUGUGAAGCAAGUUGAGGAGAAUGAGUUGUUUGAUUUCCGUGCCUUCCGAUUGGACUGGUUCAGGCUGCAGGCUUAUAUGUCUAUUGCAAAAGGCAAUAUGAAUUUGGCUGAUAAUAGAGAAUUAGCUUCCUUCAUGGACACGGUGAUCUUUCAUACGAAAAUGGUUGACAAUUUGGAUGAGAUGUUAGUCGAAACGUCCGACUUAUCCAUUUUCUGUUUUUACAGCAAAAUAUUCGAAGACCAGUUUCACAUGUGUCUCGAGUUCCCCGCUCAGAACCGCUAUAUCGUCGCUUUUCCGCUCAUAUGCAGUCACUUCCAGAGUUGCACCCACGAGCUCUGUCCGGAGGAACGUCAUCAUAUUCGCGAGAGGAGUCUCUCCGUCGUGAAUAUGUUCCUGGACGAGAUGGCCAAGGAAGCCAAGAAUAUUAUCACGACUAUUUGCGACGAGCAGUGUAACAUGAGCGACAAGCUGUUACCGAAACAUUGCGCUCUGUUAAUAUCACAGGUUGUCAAUCGCAAGAAGAAGGACAAGAACAAGAAGAACAUGUACGAGAUUCACAAGCCCGGUAUAGAGAGCUUCAGGAAGACCCGGGAGGAAUUAACGACGAUGGACAAGCUGCAUAUGGCGCUUACCGAGUUGUGCUACGCUAUCAAUUACUGUCCUACCAUCAACGUCUGGGAGUACACCUUCGCGCCGAGAGAAUAUCUGCAUCAACAUCUGGAGUCGCGAUUUGCCAGAGCACUCGUGGGAAUGGUCAUGUACAAUCCGGAUACAAGCGAGAUAGCCAAGCCGUCGGAGCUCUUCGUCAGCGUUAGGUCCUACAUGAACGUCCUUCAGACCAUUGAGAAUUACGUACACAUAGACAUCACGCGCGUCUUUAACAAUGCUCUGCUGCAGCAGACUCAGGAGCUGGACAGUCACGGUGACAAGACUAUAGCCGCGCUCUACACUCAAUGGUACUCGGACGUCCUGUUGAGGCGAGUUAGCGCCGGCAAUAUCUGCUACUCCGCGAAUCAACGGGCGUUCGUCAGCUUAUCGGUGGAAGGUGCCAUUCCCUUUAAUGCCGAGGAGUUCUCCGACAUUAACGAGUUGAGGGCAUUGGCGGAACUGAUAGGGCCAUAUGGCAUGAAGAUGUUAAACGAGAAUUUGAUGUGGCACAUCGCCAGUCAGGUACAACAGCUAAAGAAACUGGUGACGGGCAAUAGGGACGUACUAGUUGCUCUGAGGACGAACUUCGACAAGCCGGAGGUCAUGAAGGAGCAAUUUAAGAGAUUGCAACACGUGGACAACGUUCUUCAGCGAGUUACCAUAAUAGGCGUGAUCCUGAGCUUCCGGCAGUUAUCACAAUCCGCAUUGGUCGACGUGUUAGAGGAACGCAUACCGUUUUUGCUGAGCUCCAUAUUGGACUUCAGACAUCAUCUGCCUUCCGGUGAUCCUAUGCGCGUCGUUUCCGAGAUGACCUCGGCUGCAGGUUUGACCUGCAAGGUCGAUCCCACCUUGACGACCGCGUUGCGAAAUCAAAAGGGCGAACCCGAAGAGGACGAGCACCUGCUCGUGUGCCUGUUGAUGGUUUUCGUGGCAGUCUCCAUUCCGAAAUUGGCUCGUAACGAAAAUUCUUUCUAUCGUGCGUCGCUCGAGGGCCAUUCCAACAACAUACACUGCAUGGCCACCGCUAUAAACAACAUAUUCGGAGCGUUGUUCACGAUUUGCGGGCAGAAUGACAUAGAGGAUAGGAUGAAGGAAUUCCUGGCUCUGGCUUCGUCGAGUUUAUUGAGAUUGGGUCAAGAAGCGGACAAGGAGGCGACCCGGAACCGAGAGUCCGUCUAUCUGCUGCUGGAUCAGAUAGUCCAGGAAUCUCCGUUUCUGACGAUGGACUUGCUGGAGAGCUGCUUCCCAUACGCACUGAUUCGCAACGCAUAUCACGACGUGUACAAGCUGGAGCACUCGCAACCGUAAGCUUAACGGCGAGGAAAUUACGAAGGGAGACGGGGUGCUGCAUUAAUCUAACUUGCCACUCAGGGCCACUUUUUUACAUCCGUUCACAUUGGAGGCAAUCGCGAGGAAUUCGCUGUUAAAUGUCACGCGGCCGUACAGUGAUAACGCACCGGAUGAAGCGGAAUUCCGGUUUUUUGCGAUGCAAAAGUACAAGCGUAUAUUAGCGGAGGCUGAGGAAAGAGUGGCGAACGCAUAUGACUCGUUCGUAGGAUCGUUAACAUCUAAGUGCAACUGCUCGAUAUUUUAACGUAACGCAAGCUUACGACUGUCGAAAUGCAUUUUUAGCGUUCCCUCUUGCGUUACUUGCGACGAAUCGCGCGUCGAGUCGCGUCACGUUGUACAAUCGAGAUUUGCUUUCUCCUCGGAUGAGACGGACUAGCAUAAUUGAAUAUACUAUCUUUUUAUGAAGAAAGGAUCUUUAUUAAGGUAAAUAAAUGAACGGACAAUUUGUCGAGACUCGCGGACUUUCGUAAUAACAGCCGCGACGAUGCAUUUUGUAAUGUACAGUAUAUCUCUAGUUUACAUUUGACAUCUCCGGCUUGAAGAGUAUUCAUUAGUACAUAAGUGCAUAUCUUAAAUUCCAGCCGAGUAUUAUACUUCAACGUGAAAGAACUUUUGUAUUGCACGGGGACGCACGAUGUAAGCUCCCACGAUUCCAAGCUGAAGAUCGCGAUAUUCAUGUAUCACACAGUAGGUAUCGUCACUCACCCACUAUGACUUUUUAAUGUACAAUUGUAACUUUUACAAUAGUUUAUAUAAUAAAUAAAACUAUGUGUAAAACGAA